AUGCCCCGCGUCUCGGCGCCUUUGGUGCUGCUUCCCACGUGGCUCGUGAUGGUUGCCUGCAGUCCGCACUCCCUGAGGAUUGCUGCUAUCCUGGAUGACCCCAUGGAGUGCAGCAGAGGGGAGCGGCUGUCCAUCACCCUGGCCAAGAACCGCAUCAACCGUGCUCCCGAGAGGCUGGGCAAGGCCAAGGUCGAAGUGGACAUCUUUGAGCUUCUCAGAGACAGCGAGUACGAGACUGCAGAAACCAUGUGUCAGAUCCUUCCCAAGGGGGUGGUCGCUGUCCUGGGACCAUCCUCCAGCCCGGCCUCCAGCUCUAUCAUCAGCAACAUCUGUGGGGAGAAGGAGGUCCCUCAUUUCAAAGUGGCCCCGGAGGAGUUUAUCAAGUUCCAGUUCCAGAGAUUCACAACCCUGAACCUCCACCCCAGCAGCACUGACAUCAGCGCGGCUGUAGCUGGGAUCCUGAGCUUCUUCCAUUGCACCACCGCCUGCCUCAUCUGUGCCAAAGCAGAAUGCCUUUUAAACCUCGAGAAGCUGCUCCGGCAAUUCCUGAUCUCCAAGGACACCCUUUCGGUCCGGAUGCUGGAUGACACUAGGGACCCCACCCCACUCCUCAAGGAGAUCCGGGAUGACAAGACAGCCACCAUCAUCAUCCAUGCCAACGCCUCCAUGUCCCACACCAUCCUCCUGAAGGCAGCGGAACUAGGGAUGGUGUCAGCCUAUUACACAUACAUCUUCACUAAUCUGGAGUUUUCGCUCCAGAGGAUGGACAGCCUCGUGGACGAUCGCGUCAACAUCCUGGGAUUUUCCAUUUUCAACCAGUCCCAUGCUUUCUUCCAAGAGUUUGCCCAGAGCCUCAACCAGUCCUGGCAGGAGAACUGUGACCAUGUGCCCUUCACGGGGCCCGCACUCUCCUCUGCCCUGCUGUUUGACGCCGUCUACGCUGUGGUGACGGCGGUGCAGGAGCUGAACCGCAGCCAGGAGAUCGGCGUGAAGCCCCUGUCCUGUGGCUCGGCCCAGAUCUGGCAGCACGGCACCAGCCUCAUGAAUUACCUGCGCAUGGUAGAAUUGGAAGGUCUCACCGGCCACAUUGAAUUCAACAGCAAAGGCCAGAGGUCCAACUAUGCCUUGAAAAUAUUACAGUUCACAAGGAAUGGUUUCCGGCAGAUUGGCCAGUGGCACGUGUCAGACGGCCUCAGCAUGGACAGCCACCUCUACGCCUCCAACGUCUCCGACAGUCUCUUCAAUACCACCCUGGUCGUCACCACCAUCCUGGAAAACCCGUAUUUAAUGCUGAAGGGAAACCACCAGGAGAUGGAAGGCAAUGACCGCUACGAGGGCUUCUGCGUGGACAUGCUCAAGGAGCUGGCAGAGAUCCUCCGGUUCAACUACAAGAUCCGCCUGGUCGGGGAUGGCGUGUACGGCGUGCCCGAGGCCAAUGGCACCUGGACGGGAAUGGUCGGGGAGCUGAUCGCUCGGGGCCGCAGACCCGGCUAUUUCUCCUUCCUGGACCCUUUUUCUCCUGGCGUCUGGCUCUUCAUGCUUCUAGCCUAUCUGGCCGUCAGCUGUGUCCUCUUCCUAGUGGCUCGGUUGACGCCCUACGAGUGGUACACACCCCACCCGUGUGCCCAGGGCCGGUGCAACCUCCUGGUGAAUCAGUACUCCCUCGGCAACAGCCUCUGGUUUCCGGUCGGGGGCUUCAUGCAGCAGGGCUCCACCAUCGCGCCUCGCGCCUUAUCCACCCGCUGCGUCAGUGGCGUCUGGUGGGCAUUCACGCUGAUCAUCAUCUCAUCCUACACGGCCAACCUGGCAGCCUUCCUGACCGUGCAGCGCAUGGAUGUGCCCAUUGAGUCGGUGGAUGACCUGGCUGACCAGACUGCCAUUGAGUAUGGCACGAUUCACGGAGGCUCCAGCAUGACUUUCUUCCAAAAUUCCCGCUAUCAGACCUACCAGCGCAUGUGGAAUUACAUGUACUCCAAGCAGCCGAGUGUGUUCGUGAAGAGCACGGAGGAGGGGAUCGCCAGGGUGUUGAAUUCCAACUACGCCUUCCUUCUGGAAUCUACCAUGAAUGAGUACUAUCGGCAGCGCAACUGCAACCUCACUCAGAUUGGGGGCCUGCUGGACACCAAGGGCUAUGGGAUUGGCAUGCCAGUCGGCUCCGUCUUCCGGGACGAGUUUGAUCUGGCCAUUCUCCAGUUGCAGGAGAACAACCGUCUGGAAAUUCUGAAGCGCAAGUGGUGGGAAGGGGGCAAGUGCCCCAAGGAGGAAGACCACAGAGCCAAAGGACUGGGAAUGGAGAAUAUUGGUGGAAUCUUUGUGGUUCUUAUUUGUGGCUUAAUCGUGGCCAUUUUUAUGGCUAUGUUGGAGUUUUUAUGGACUCUCCGACACUCAGAAGCGACUGAGGUGUCCGUCUGCCAGGAGAUGGUGAGCGAGCUGCGCAGCAUCAUCCUGUGUCAGGACAGCGUCCACCCGCGCCGGCGGCGCGCCGGGCUACCGCCGCCGCAGCCUCCCAUCCCCGAGGAGCAGCGCCGGCCCCGGGGCACCGUGACCCUCAGCAACGGCAAGCUGUGCGGGGCCGGGGAGCCUGACCAGCUGGCGCAGAGACUGGCCCAGGAGGCCGCCCUGGUGGCCCGCGGCUGCACGCACAUACGCGUGUGCCCCGAGUGCCGCCGCUUCCAGGGCCUGCGGACGCGGCCGUCGCCGGCGCGCAGCGAGGAAAGCCUGGAGUGGGAGAAGACCACCAACAGCAGCGAGCCCGAGUAG